UUUCCUUGCUUGCUUUAUCGGAAACCCUCAGCUUUGCUCCGAAGAAUGCAACUGUAUUUGGUAAAUUAAACUAAGAAGAAAACAACAUGGUAUUUUGGCGUAGAAUCAAUCAAUCUAAACUUCAACUUAUAUUAAAUCAAUACAGGAGAUUUCACUUUCAACCUCCUCAUGCAUCCUCUGUUAACCAAACGAUGAUCUCUGCCUUAGAGAAACCCUUUUGCAGUAUCGAGAAUAAGCCCUCUUAUUUUUACAUUAAUGUCAGGUCUUUUGCUGCACCGGUUCAGGCUACUAAGAAUAAGAAGGUCGAGCAGAAAGACAAGGAAAAGCCGCGUUUAAAUAAGCAAAUCACUGCUAGUGUUGUUAGAUUGGUGAUGGAGGAUGGUCAGCAUGCUGUUGUCUCGAUUGAAGAAGCAUUGCAACAAGCAAGGAAGCAGGGUGUGGAUUUAGUUGAGGUUCAAAAAAAGGUUGACCCAUCGGUUUGUAGACUGAUGGACUAUAACAAGGAAAUGUACCAACGACGUCAAAAAGAAAAGGAAGUUGCUAAAAGCAAGUCGGGGGAUACAUUAAAGAAAGGAGUGUGUGACAUUCGAUUCAAGGGCAAAAUAGAAGAAAAAGACCUAAAGUUGAAGGCAGAAAAUGUCAUACGAUUAGCGGAGCGUGGUUACCGAGUAAAGUGUAUGGCCAUGGGCAAGGGUAAGGAUGGCGAAGGCGAGGACUUGGGAAGAAUAUUGUCUCGUCUCACUAAAUUGAUUGAAGGUGUGUGUGUCGUGGAAACUGAGCUAAAGGUGGAGAAAACAAAUGCGCAUGUGAUAGUCAGGCAUGCCAAAUUCGGCUUGACGAAGAAAGGUGGUGGAAAAAAAUCAAAGGUUGCUGAUGGUGAUACAGCUGAAACUUCUUCUGAAUCAGCUACUGAUAACCAAAUGUCCGUGGAUGAAUCUAUGGAAUCUGGAUCAGAGUCUGAAGAUACACCAUUUUCAGACAAAGAUGACCUGCCUAUGUCUUCACCUAUGCAAAUGCAGGAUGAAAAAGUUGACAACAGAUAUAAAAGAAGUGAACCGAGUAAUCAGUUCCCACCUGCUAACCCAGUUAGGUCAGAGCCUCAGUUCCCGUCUCCGCGACGGGAACCGCCUAAUAUGAGCCAGAGUACAAGAGAGUCAGUCAGGUCAGAACUGCAGUUCCGAUACGCACCGCGACAACCACCACAAAACAUUGGCCAGAAUAUAAGACAGGCAGACAGGUCUAAGCAAGUCGGGAAUGAAGCUUCGAAGUCUCCUACGAGCUUUGGGAUAUUCAGCAGUCCAAACAAAAAUUCAUCUGGCAAGCAGGGUACAUCAGCGGAUGCAACCGUGAGCAACGAGGGAAACAGGUAUGCACAUGUAAGAAAUCGUGGCAUGGGAGGAAAUGCUGCUAAUCCGAAAUCUGAUAGUAACCGGAAGCCUGGCAACAAUAAGGGUGGACAAGACAAGUUGGGAAUAUUUAGUAAUCCAAAUGGAAAGCCUUAAUCAAACUUUAGGUCUGUAGAUGUACAAUUGUUUGUAUUGCCUCAAGUCGAUUAGAAAAUCCUAGUUUAUUGUUAUUAUUAUUUAGAGUGAUUGAUGUUUUAUUGUAUCAGCAU